GUUGACAACCGGUAAAGCGGUCAGUCCCACCUUUCCACAGCCAGCCGUUUAAUUAAAACUAUUCACUGGGAAUGGACAGUCAUGGUCCCCAGUAAGAGUCUCUACUCUUCUGGAAAGGCCAGAUGUUGGAACAUUGCUGUGAGGAUUUGAUUGGCCACAAGAGCAUUAAUGAGAUAGAAAGUUAGACACAAUCACAGAUAAUGUCAUCAGCCUGUGACGCAGCAGCCUCUGCGGGUGGUGGGGGGAGUUCAGUCAUGGAGAUGUCGAACUUUGCUCAUGUAAUCUUCCAGAAUGUCGGGAAGAGCUUUCUUCCUCAGGCGGCGCUUGAGUGCCACUACACGCUCACACCGUUUAUUACCCCUCACCCUAAAGACUGGGUUGGCAUCUUCAAGGUGGGUUGGAGCAGUGCGAGAGACUACUACACGUUCCUUUGGUCUCCCAUGCCUGAGAAUUACACUGAAAGCUCCACCGUCCACAGAACUCUCGUCUUCCAGGGUUACUAUGUUCCUCGUAGCGAUGGCGAGUUUUAUCAGUUCUGUUAUGUCACCCACACGGGCGAAAUCAGAGGAGCCAGCACACCCUUCCAGUUCCGCCCGGCCACACCCACAGGGGAGGAGCUGCUAACUGUGGAGGAUGAUGGGAACUCUGAUAUACUGGUGGUGACCACUAAAACCGGACUGCUGGAGCAGCGUGUGGAGGAGGUUCAGCAGGAAUGCAGGGAGCUGCAGAAGGCGGUUUGUCUCCUUACACAAGAGAGAGACCAGCUCCAGGAGGAACAGAGACGACACAACCAGGAACUUCAGCAGGGGCUGAGAGAAGAGAGAGAAGCAGCUCAGGCCAGAGUUAGGCAGCUGGAGCAGGACCUGCUGGGAGUCACACAAAGAACUUUGCUCAAAGAGACUGAGCUUGACUGUCUGAAAGACAGGUUGCAGAAGGUGAUCACAGAGAGGGAUAGUUUGCAGAGUCAGCUAAAGAAUGAAAGAGAUGAAAGAGAACUCUAUAAGUCUCAUGUACGCAGUGCAGAGCUCGAGAACACUAAGCUGAGUGCGGAGCUGCAGAUGCUGAAAGCUGUGGAGCUGAAUAGAGAGGUCACCAUUGCUCAGUAUCAGGAGGAGAUACAUAGGCUCCGUACCGAGAGAAACACACACCCAGCAGAUACAAAUCUGAAAGAACAGUUGCGUCAGGCAGAGGAGCAGCUUCAAGCAACUCGGCAACAGGCAGCCAUGUUGGGUUCUGAACUACGUGAUGCCUCCAGUGGACGUGACCGCACCAUGGCCGAGCUUUACCACGCCCGGCAAGAGGCUGAUGCCCUGCGGGCCAGCUUAGCAGAGGCUCAGGAGGAGUGCAGGAAGGCCCAGAGCCAGCUGGAAAAGCUGAAGAGCCAAACAUCACAAGAAACAUGUGUUAACCAGGGCGGGGCUGCUGGGGGAGGGGGCGUGGUCACUGAGCUGGAGGCAGAGCUGCAAAAGGAGGUGGAGGAGCUGAAGCUGAGGCUGCAGAUGGCUGCAGAGCACUAUAAGGAGAAAUACAGAGAGUGCCAGCGCCUGCGCAGACAAGUUACAAAACUCACCCAGCAGCAGGAGACACAGCAGGGGGAGUCCAACAAGAAUGAUGCAUCUACAGAGACCACUCAGGAGCCCAACACACCAGAUGUAGAGUCACCUGAUACAGAGAAGAAACCUGAGAUCCAGGAGUCUGAGGAAAAGGGAGAACGAGAAAGGGAGGAGAGAGAGGAAGAAAAAAUGGAAGGGAACAAGGAAGAGGAACAAGAGGAAGGAGAGGAGUACAGCGUGUCAGUGGAAGCGGAGCUUGCUCGAAUGGAAGAGAGAUGGAGAGAGCAAUGCACCAUCAAUGACAACCUGAAACUACUGCUGGCCAACGAAGAGCAGCGGUUUAAGGCUCAGCUGUCUGAGAAGGACAGAGAAGUGUCAUCGCUGAGGGAGAGUCUAGCUUAUGUGACCAGAGAGAAGGAAAGGCUGGAGGAGGAGCUGCGGUCAUGUGCAGGCAGAGAGGAAGGAGCUGCAGACCAGAGGUCAGAGGUCAGGGAGCCUGUGGUGUUGCGGUAUCCUCUGCCGUAUCCUCAGGACCCACCCCCACUUCCACUGGUGCCCCAGCAACCUGCAGAGCUGCAGUAUGGAAACCCUUACUCUGAACAGCAGACACGUGAUGGUGCAGAUGGGGCGUUGUCCCCUGAGCAGACAUGCCGCCCCCCUCCAGUGGCUCCACCUCCAUGGGCAGGACCUGUAGUCUGCAGUCAGCCAUCACGGAGCCUCAGCCCUCCUGAUGGUCUGGAGAAUCCUGCUGAGGAACGGCCUAGUGGAGGUGAUGGUGAAGCCCCUGCAGUUUGUGAUCAUCAAAGUCCAGAAUCCAACGAGAACCGCACCAGUUUCUGCUUUGACACUAGGACUGAUGUUCAUAAGCGCUGUCCUCUCUGUGAAGUGAUCUUCCCGCCGCACUUUGAGCAGCGCAGUUUCGAGCGCCACGUCGAGUCUCACUGGAAGGAGUGCCCCGUCUGCAGUGAGCAGUUCCCUCUGGACUGCCAGCAGCACCUCUACGAGAAACACGUUCUCACGCACUUUGAUGGCAACGUGCUCAACUUUGACAACUUCGAUUAGAAAGCUGCAAGUGGGUGAGGCACAGUGUCCUGCUUUUUAGCAUAAUAAAAUUUCACAGAGAAGAGGGGGAGUUUAAAUGUUUUCUUUGGCACUUUUUGACGAUGUCACUUGGCUGUGUGCUAAUGGUCGCAUGUUUUAUGACACUAUUAGGAUUCACCAAUCAGAAUGUUUUAUUUGCACAUAGAUACUCAUAUAAGGGCACAGAGGAAAAAACAGGUUUUGUCAGCCAACUCCAGGUGUAAAGCUUAGCCCUUUCCCAGAUUUUUGUUUGUUUAAAGUUUAUGCAUUUAGAAAGCAUUUUAAAGCUGCUAUAAGAUUGGUUGCACUGUAAAAUGAGAGCUGAUGGCUUUACAUUCUGUACAAAUAUAGAAUCUAUGAAGAGAGGUCUGUUGCUACUUACUAUUUGCCACUCAGUGGAUGUUUUCUUUGUUUGUUUUUUUGAUUUUAUAUGAUGAUUGGGAGCACAGGUAAUGUUUUAAAAAAACAUUGUGAAUAUUUAAUUCUGUUAUCUUUUCUCUUUUUUUUCAUCUUAAAAGGUGGACAGAAAUUAAACGAUAUAAAAAAUCCCUUUCAUAAAGUAUAUGCAGUUAAAAAUGUCUAAUUUUUUAUCUAGAGUGCAUUAGACCUCUGUGGACCAGUUUGGUUUUAUCAUACUUGCUCUGGCCAAUAAAAUAUACAUAUUAUAAAUAAAGAUUGAGUUUGUUCAGCUUGAAAUGUAGAAGGUGCUUCAGAAUGCUAAACUGACUGUAUAAUUAAACAUUGAACUAGAACCAGAUAAAAGAUCACAGAUCUGUGCAAGUAUGCCAGUGAAUUUUAAAUGUUUUAGAUGGUUUUAUCCUGGCAGGUGUUGUGUUAAAUCUAUAUUAAACAAAAACUGGUGCUUUGAUUUCUGUAAGAACAACCUAGCACUGUUUCAGCUUGAACAGUAGCCAGAGUUGUGAUUUGGCACUUUGUCUGUCAAAUGCGUUAUACUGUGUUCAUACUUCUUCAUUCUGUUCAUUAUACUGAAGUCACUAUCAGGGAUUUGCAAUCUAUUUUUCUAAAAUGAAUCAUACAGUAGUAUAUU